AUAAUAUUUAAAGCAACUGAGGAUGACUUUGAGCUUUUUUUUUCAGAUCUUUGUGUGAGAAGCUUGUUGUUUUUCUUAUUAAAAAGAACAGCAAAAUUAAAACUUCUUUCCAUUUAAGCAAACAGUUUGUUUUCUGAAACUAGAAUUGUUUCUGAAUGAUCCAGAUACUAGUUUGGUCUGAAGAAAUAUGUCAUCAUUAUAGGAUUAGUGACUACACUCAAGAAUGACAUGUUCAGUCAAGGGUUCAAAAAUGCUCAAAAAUUAAAGCGUGGGCUGUUUUCACCCUAAAGCUCUCUCCCUGUUUGAGCAUUGCAACUAUGUCUGAAAUGGUCUUCACCCACAAUUCUCAUCCACGUACUACUUGGUUCCAAAAUGAAAUUGUAUUAGAAUCUUCGUCGUGUAGUUAACCAGAGCAUGGGUCCCAUUUUUCUGGAGAAUUAGAGAAUCUUCUCCUUUUCAAGAGAACAGUCAGUUUAAAUCUUGAGGAGUUCUGUUCCAUGUGGUGACUCGUCCUGUCACUCCACUGUCAAAGUUCCUCCUUCCUAAGAAUCUCUGGUAUUGCUGGCACAGCUUUUACCUUCCUUGAUAAGGAUGUACCCGUAUCACCAGGAACAGUCUUUCUAGACUUCCAUGUUGGUAAAACAAUAAGGAAUUUCAAUCAGCACGUGUUUCUGUGUCUCUUCUGAUUCCUGAAGGAUGGAUAUUUAUGAGGAAGCUUCUAAACAGCAUGUGGAAUCCUCUGAUUGUUUUAGAGUUGUGAAUAACCUUUGAAAGGUUUGUUAAAAGAAUAAAGAGGAACCUCUAUGGGUAACUUUUGGCUGGAAGAUAUUAUUGGUCAACCAUGGUAAAACUUGCAAACCCACUUUAUACAGAGUGGAUUCUUGAGGCUAUACAAAAGGUUAAAAAGCAAAAGCAAAGGCCAUCUGAAGAAAGAAUUUGUCAUGCUGUGUGCGCUUCACAUGGAUUAGAUAAGAAAACUGUUUCAGAACAGUUGGAACUAAGUGUUCAAGAUGGCUCUAUUCUUAAAGUUACCAACAAAGGCCUUGCAUCCUACAAGGACCCAGAUAAUCCUGGGCGUUUUUCGUCUGUUAAAGCUGGCACUCUUCCUAAGUCUGUUAAGGGAUCUAGAGGAGCCUCGAAUGAGCUUCGUAAUGUGGAUUGGAAUAAACUAUUGAGAAGAGCAAUCGAAGGGCUUCAGGAACCAAAUGGCUCCUCUCUGAAAAACAUAGAGAAAUAUUUGAGAAGUCAAAAUGACCUAGCAAGUAUUUUCAACAACCCUGUCUUUCAGCAGAGAUUACGGCUGGGGGCCAAGCGUGCUGUAAAUAAUGGGAGGUUACUGAAGGAUGGACCUCAAUAUAGGGUGAAUUAUGGUAGUUUGGACAGUAAAGGAACUCCAAAAUAUUCCAGUGCUUUCCCAGCUUCUCUCCCACCCGUAAGCCUUCUACCCCAUGAAAAAGACCAGCCACGAGCUGAUCCCAUUCCAAUAUGUAGUUUUUGUUUGGGGACUAGAGAAUCAAAUCGUGAAAAAAAACCAGAAGAACUGCUCUCCUGCGCAGACUGUGGCAGCAGUGGGCAUCCAUCAUGUUUGAAAUUUUGUCCUGAGUUAACAACAAACGUAAAGGCCUUAAGAUGGCAGUGUAUCGAAUGCAAGACAUGCAGUGCAUGUAGAAUCCAAGGCAAAAAUGCAGAUAACAUGCUCUUCUGCGAUUCUUGUGAUAGAGGGUUCCACAUGGAAUGCUGUGACCCACCACUUUCCCGAAUGCCUAAAGGGAUGUGGAUUUGCCAGGUCUGCAGACCAAAGAAGAAGGGAAGAAAGCUACUUCACGAGAAAGCUGCGCAAAUAAGACGACGAUAUGCAAAACCUAUUGGACGACCUAAAAAUAAACUAAAGCAACGAAUGUUGUCUGUAACCAGUGAUGAAGGAUCCAUGAAUGCAUUCACAGGAAGGGGGUCACCUGGUAGGGGUCAAAAGACUAAAGUCUGUACCACACCUUCAUCUGGUCAUGCUGCAUCUGUGAAGGAUUCAAGCAGCAGAUUGCCUGUUACAGACCCCACUCGGCCUGGUGCCACCACCAAAAUCACCACCACCUCCACCUACAUAUCUGCCUCUACACUUAAAGUUAACAAGAAAACCAAAGGGCUCAUUGAUGGCCUUACUAAGUUUUUUACACCAUCACCCGAUGGUCGCAGAUCACGAGGUGAAAUAAUAGACUUUUCAAAGCACUAUCGUCCAAGGAAAAAGGUCUCUCAGAAACAGUCAUGCACUUCUCAUGUGUUGGCUACAGGUACCACACAAAAGCUAAAACCUCCACCUUCUUCACUUCCACCCCCAACUCCCAUCUCUGGUCAGAGCCCCAGUUCACAAAAAUCCUGCACUUCCACCUCUUCUAACUCUCCCCAAAGUUCUUCCAGUCAGUCAAGUGCACCCUCCUUUAGCAGCCUUCCUAAUAACAGUCAGCUAAAGGGACUCUUUGAUGGACUUUCUCACAUUUAUACCACCCAGGGACAGUCUCGAAAAAAGGGACACCCGAGUUAUGCACCACCCAAACGUAUGCGUCGUAAACCAGAGUUAUCUUCCACAUCAAAAUCUAAUACCCAUUUCUAUGGAAAGAAAGAGAUUAGAAGUAGGUUUAUUUCUCAUUCCUCCACCUCUGGAUGGGGUGUGUCUAGAGGACGUGCUUUUAAAGCAAUUGCUCACUUCAAGCGAACAACUUUCCUUAAAAAGCACAGGAUUCUAGGCAGAUUAAAGUAUAAAGUGACCCCUCAGAUGGGGACCCCCUCACCAGGGAAGGGGAGCUUGGCAGACGGAAGGAUUAAACCUGAUCAGGAUGAUGAUACAGAAAUCAAAAUAAGCAUCAAACAAGAAAAUACAGAUGUAAUUCUGGUGGGGAGCAAGGAAAUUGUUACAGAGGAGGAUGUGGAAGUUUUUAAGCAGGCUCGGGAACUUUCUCUGGAGAAAAUCGGAUGUAAAAACAGCAGUGAAACAAAUGGCCGGUACCCUUCAGUGAUAGAAUUCGGGAAGUAUGAGAUCCAGACCUGGUACUCUUCACCUUAUCCGCAGGAAUAUGCGAGACUAUCAAAGCUUUACCUGUGUGAAUUCUGUCUUAAGUAUAUGAAAAGUAAAAACAUAUUGCUAAGACACUCAAAGAAAUGUGGUUGGUUCCACCCUCCAGCCAAUGAAAUCUACAGAAGAAAUGAUCUUUCAGUAUUUGAGGUUUUCUUAAAGGAUACUGUUGAUGGAAAUGUGAGCAAAAUUUAUUGCCAAAAUCUUUGCUUGUUAGCCAAGCUUUUUCUGGACCACAAAACAUUGUAUUAUGAUGUCGAGCCAUUCCUUUUCUAUGUUCUUACAAAAAAUGAUGAAAAAGGCUGUCACUUAGUUGGAUAUUUCUCUAAGGAAAAGCUUUGCCAGCAGAAGUACAAUGUCUCCUGCAUAAUGAUCAUGCCCCAAUAUCAAAGGCAAGGAUUUGGAAGGUUUCUCAUUGAUUUCAGUUAUUUACUUUCUAGAAGAGAGGGACAAGCAGGGUCCCCUGAAAAGCCACUGUCUGAUCUGGGUCGUCUCUCGUACUUGGCCUACUGGAAAAGUGUCAUAUUAGAAUACCUUUAUUGCCACCAUGAAAAACAUAUCAGCAUCAAGGGAAUGAGCCGAGCCACUGGAAUGUGUCCACAUGAUAUUGCCACAACCCUGCAGCAGCACAGCAUGAUAGACAGGAGGGAAGACAGAUUUGUAAUAAUUAGAAGGGAAAAACUGAUCUCAAGCCACAUGGAGAAACUGAAAGCUAAUCCACGCGUCAAUGAAGUAGACCCUGAAAGUUUGAGAUGGACUCCACUGCUUGUUUCUAAUGCUGCGGUUUCUGAAGAAGAGAGGGAAGCUGAAAAAGAGGCUGAGCGUCUGAUGGAACAGGCUAGCUGCUGGGAAAAGGAAGAGCAAGAUAUAUUCUCCACAAGAACUAAUAGUAGGCAAUCACCUGCAAAAGUACAAUCUAAAAAUAAAUACUUGCGAUCUCCAGAGAGCGUGGCAGUUGUUGGAGAGCGAGGGCAAUCCACAGAGCAAUCUAAAGAAAGCAGUGAGGAUGAUGAGGGGGAUGGGAAUCAUCAAAGUUCACCUCCCCGGCUGACCAAACCACAAUCACUGGCCAUAAAAAGAAAGAGACCUUUCAUCUUGAAAAAGAAAAGGGGUCGUAAACGCAGAAGGAUUAAUAGUAGUGUUACAACAGAGACAAUUUCUGAAACCACAGAGGUGUUGAACGAGCCCUUUGAUCACUCGGAUGAAGAGCGGCCCAUGCCACAGCUGGAACCUACUUGUGAGAUAGAUGGGGAAGAUGAUGACUUAAAGCCUGUGAUCAGAAAAGUAUUCCAGUAUCAACCUGGUAGGCAGAACCAGGAGGAAGAGGAGGACAAAGGGGAGAAAGACAAUCGUUGUUAUAAAAAUGAUGUUCAGUGUAGAAACAACACAGAGGAUGUAGCUGUUUUGGAAGAAAGCACUAAAGACAAUCCUGAACCUUUGAGGUGUAAACAGGGCUGGCCCAAAGGAGUGAAGCGUGGUCCAUCUAAGUGGAGGCAGAACAAAGAAAGAAAGCCUGGUUUUAAACUUAAUUUAUACACCCCACCUGAGACUCCUAUGGAACCUGACUACCAGGUAAUAAUAGAGGAACAGAAGCAAGUAUCUGAAGACAAGCCCUGCCAAGUUCCUGCUAUUGCAGAGGAGGAGAUUAAAGAGCCUAUUAAGAAUUUGCAGCCUCAAGAUGAGGUAAAAGAGCUGGAACCUGAGCUUCUAAACCCACCCAGUGAACACUUUGAAAUCAUAGAAAAUGAUCUAAUGAAAGUAGAGGAAGAAGAAAGAAAUGUAGAGGAAGAUGUUGUCAGUGCAAAAAAUCAAGAUAAAGACCCACAGAAGGAAAUGUGUGAGCAAAAAGAUGAGCCUGAGCAUUUGGAUGAUCAUGAAGAGGAGGAGGAGGAAGAGGAAGAACCGUCUCACAAUGAGGAUCAUGAUGCAGAUGAUGAAGAUGAUAGCCAUAUGGGUUCAACAGAAGUGGAGAAAGAGGAGUUACCAGGAGAAGCCUUCAAAGAAGUGCUAGAGAACCAGGAGGCUUUUUUAGACCUAAAUGUACAAACUGGUAAUUCAAAUCAGGAAGACUUAAUGGACUGUGGUGUUGACCUUGCAGCUGAGUGUGAAGGUGACCAUAAAGAGCUUACUGCAGAUUCAGGGCCUGUGCCUGAAUCUGAUUACGAUCAUACAGAUAAUAAUCAGGACCAAAAGGAGAGUGAAGAAUUAAAUUCUGAUUUCAAGGAAGAAAGUACUGAAACUAUGGAGAUUGAUUCAGAGACAGUACAAGCAGUCCAGUCUCUAACCCAGGAAACAAGUGAACAGGAAGAUGCAUUUCAGGACUGUUCAGAGACGCAAGAGGCAUGUAGAAGCCUGCAGAAUUAUACUCAUACUGACCAAAGUCCACAAAUGACCACACUGGAUGAUUGCCAACAAUCUGACCACAGUAGCCCAGUCUCAUCUGUCCAUUCUCAUCCUAGCCAGUCAGUUCGUUCUGUUAAUAGUCCAAACGUUCCUCCAUUAGAGAACAGUUAUGCUCAAAUCAGCCCAGAUCAAAGUGCCAUCUCUGUGCCAUCUUUACAGAACAUGGAAACCAGCCCAAUGAUGGAUGUCCCAUCAGUUUCUGAUCAUUCACAGCAAGUUGUGGAUAGUGGGUUUAGUGAUCUAGGAAGCAUCGAGAGCACAACGGAAAACUAUGAAAACCCAAGCAGUUACGAUUCUACAAUGGGAAGUAGCAUCUGUGGAAACAACUCUUCCCAAAACAGUUGCUCGUAUAGCAACCUUACAUCUAGUAACUUAACACAGAGUAGCUGUGCAGUGACACAGCAAAUGUCUAAUAUUAAUGGAAGCUGCAGUAUGAUGCAACAAACCAACAUCAAUUCUCCUCCUACCUGUAAUGUAAAAUCUCCUCAAGGCUGUGUUGUUGAAAGGCCACCGAGCAGCAACCAACAGUUAUCUCAAUGUAGCAUGGCUGCUAAUUUUACACCACCUAUGCAGUUAACUGAAAUCCCAGAGACUGGCAAUGCCAACAUUGGCCUAUAUGAAAGAAUGGGUCAGAGUGAAUUUGGAGCAGGGCAUUACCCACAGCCAUCUGCCACCUUUAGCCUUGCCAAACUGCAACAGUUAACUAACACACUUAUGGAUCAUUCAUUGCCUUACAGCCAUUCAGCUGCUGUAACUUCCUAUGCAAACAGUGCCUCUUUGUCCACACCCUUAAGUAACACAGGGCUUGUUCAGCUUUCUCAAUCUCCACACACUGUUCCUGGAGGACCCCAAGCACAGGCUACUAUGACCCCGCCCCCUAAUCUUACUCCGCCUCCCAUGAAUUUGCCUCCUCCCCUUUUGCAGCGUAACAUGGCAGCAUCAAAUAUUGGAAUAUCCCAUACCCAAAGACUGCAAACUCAGAUGGCCAGCAAAGGCCACGUGUCUGUGAGAACCAAAUCAGCCCCUCUGCCCCCAGCGGCAGCAGCCCAUCAGUCACAAAUCUAUGGGCGUGCUUCACAGACUGUGGCCAUGCAAGGACCCGCACGGACCUUAACAAUGCAACGUGGUAUGAAUAUGAGUGUAAAUUUGAUGCCAGCCCCCGCUUAUAAUGUCAAUUCAGUGAACAUGAAUAUGAACACCCUUAAUGCUAUGAACGGAUAUAGUAUGUCCCAGCCCAUGAUGAACAGCGGAUAUCAUAGUAACCACGGAUAUAUGAAUCAAACAGCCCAGUACCCUAUGCAGAUGCAGAUGGGAAUGAUGGGAACUCAGCCAUAUGCACAGCAACCAAUGCAGACAACACCACACAGUAACAUGAUGUACACUCCUCCAGGGCAUCAUGGCUACAUGAAUACUGGCAUGUCUAAACAGUCUCUUAAUGGAUCCUACAUGAGAAGGUAGGCUCUUUGGAGAGUCAGAUUACCAAACUGGCGUAUUGGAUUGAUCUGCACAAGUAGGAGAGUACGAUUUCAAAACCAGCAAUUGGUGUGAAUGCAAAAACAUUUGUUGGCACCAUGUUAAAAGCUGUAUGCAGCAGAAAGCCUUAUACAAGUUCUUUCUUUCUUUCUUUCUUUCUUAAACCUCUCUUUUUUUGUUGAUUUUGUUUUGGGGGGGUGGGAAGUUGUUUUGGUUUUUUAAUUUUAACUGAAGUUCUCUGGAAAGGAAGAAUUCUUUCUACGAACUGCAAUUACACAGCAGCCAAUGGUUCAGAGCCAUUUUAUGUGCCUGCUCCCAUUAAAAAUGUGGAUACAUAGACUCCAAAACUUAGUACUGGACCCUGAGCUUUCUCUCCACUUUCCCCCACAUGUAAAUGCCUUUUAGCAUUUCAUUUAUUGUACAUUUUGUUUCUUAAGGUGACACUUCCGCAUGCCGCUAAUGUCUUUGUUAGUGACAGUGCAUUUUGUAGUACUGUACAAGUGUUGUGCUUAACAGUAAGCCAUUUCUUAAGUUUUUUGCCUUGAUUAGGUUACCCUAGUUUGAGGGUAAAAAAACAAAACUAUAUUUUUGUUAAUUAUAAAACUUGUAAAAAUAAAAAAAACUGUAAAAGCUAUUCACAUUUUUGUUAGUUCAAAGGGUUUUAUUGCUAAAUGUUUGGUGUAAAGUUGAGACUCUUUUCCAUUUUUGGUGACUGAUUUCUGUUGGGGUUUUUUUCAGGGGGGGGGGAAUAAAAAGGCAGCUUUCUGUUUUAUAAUUACAGACUUUUGUUGACAGAAUGAAGCAUAUCUCAGUGUUUAUUUGUCAUGUUUUGAAACAUUUUCACAUAUGUCCAAAUACUUGGCAGGAUUUUAAAAAAUAGUGAAUUUGGUGUAAAGUUGCUAUUUUAUGGAAAUGCCUCUAACUUUACAUUUUCAUUCCAUCUGUAGAUUUUUCUAUCUUUAUAAAAUAUUGAAGUUAUUUUUUAAGGGAAAAAAAAUAGAGCAGUAGCGUGUGAAUAGUUCAAACUAAGCUUACAGAUCGCAUGUAAAAAGGCAAAAGUUAUGUGUCUGUUUAUAUUGCUUCCUUUUUUUGUAGCCUUUGUACCUGUACAGAGUGACUGUAAGGGCCGAGCAGAAGAGGCUUGAUACAUGUGUAAAAUAGGACCCAGUGACACUCUUGUAUUUAUCUGUUAUCUUUUUAGUCAGUCACUUAAAAAAAAAAAAAACAAAAAAAACCAACAACCCCAAGCUGUACAUUUUAACAUAAAAUAAAUUAUGAUGAGCCA